CUCGACACUCCACUUGUGAAUUUAAAGAUGGCACGGGAGCUUCACAUGUGCCUCGUACGCUACUUUGUACGUCUAGGAACGCUGGAUGACAAAUGGAAGGAAUUAUCAAAGAAGGCUGAGAGAUCGCUCGAAGGUCUAGCUAAUCGAACAGAGCAAUUGCGUCAUGUCACGAAUGAAAAAAUAGACGGAGCAGAAAAUAGCAUAGAUCAGAAAACGCGGGAAAGAUUGAUAUUUAAAAUCCUUAUGGGCCUCGAGGAAGAAAUUGCACUUCUUUCGAAUAUCCUGACGCAAUUUAAUGAUGCCAAUCAGGAUUUGAAGAAUUAUUUGGUUAAUUUAGAAAACGCUAGAAGCAAGAUAUCUUUAAAGGACAAAUUAAUGCAAGAAUUAAUUAAGGGAACAUCUCAUCGACCAGCGCUUGAACUGCUCCUGCAGUGGGCUACGGAGGGUUACCAAUUCUUUCAUAACAUGUAUCUUCGUAUCAGCGAUUGUAUGAAAUCAAUUGAUUACAAGAUAGAGGAGACUGUCAGCAAUCUGAUUUCUUCUUUCGUGGAAGAGGAUCGUGGAAGAAAGUACACAAAUAAAAUCCUCGCUUUUACGCAAUUUUUGGUUAAGGAGAGUUUUCAUUAGAAAGGAAAAGAUACAUGGAUUCAAUGAAGCAAUAAGGAAGUC